AUGAAGGUGGAAGAUAAUGAACAAACUGCUGUGCCUACAAUGGCGCUGAAAAUGAUAUACAAAUACUCCGAGGGCGUGCGGGGCGUGCUGGAGGGCCUCGCAUCGCGCUACGCGGACGAGUUCAGCACGCACUACCAGGACGUGUUCGACCACCUCGACAACCUGCGGAUGGAGGCCUGGAACCAGCUGGUGAACCGCAUCAAGACGCCGCAAGUCACGGAGGAUGACCCAUCGGGCGCCCAGCCGCAGCCGCCCUCGCCCGCGCGCUCCCUGCAGCUCGAGCCUCUCCAGCACCAGCAGCAGCAGCACGACGACGAUGACCAGGCUGACGGCGCAGGGUCGUCGUCAUCGCAGGCCAGACAACACAGCUCCUCCCAGACGUCGUCGCACUCGUCGUCGCCCGAACACAGGCCGUACGACGACCAGCCCAUCUACGUCCCCGGGAGAUACAACCCGUCGAGUUGUCUGUCGGAUGCAGAGGAGGAUCAGAUCUACGGCUACACGGGCGGCUUCCGGGGCGGCGGGGUGGUGCGCCCCCCUCUCUUCCCGCAUAACCAAGGAUGUUUGAAUCCGAGAUCUGCCCUCAUCUACGAGCUUCCACCAGUAGGAG